AUGUCUGAAAAGAAUGAAAUAAAUGGAAGUAAUUCAUCUUCAAAUAACUUAUAUUUAGAUAAACCAUGUACAAAGAAAGAAUUAUAUGGUAAUGAAUUAUUUGGUUUUGGUUCAAUGCAAGGAUGGAGAAAAACAAAUGAAGAUUUUUCGAAAUAUUUAAUACUAUUUGAUAAUUAUUUAUGGAAAGAUUGGGCUUUUUUUUCUAUAUUUGAUGGUCAUAAUGGAAGCGAAACAGCAAAAAAUGCUGCUAAUAUUAUUGAUAAAUAUCUUCUAGAAUCUCUUAAUAAAGUUCAAUCUAAUAUUGAUUAUGAUCAAUUAAAUGAUAUUAUUAAAAGAACAUUUAUUAAAUUGGAUAAACAUUUACGUGAAAUUGUUCAAGAUAAUAGUGGAUCUGUUUGUAUAGCAUCAUUAAUUGGUCCAAAUAAUAUUUAUUUAAUUUAUAUAGGAGAUUCUCGUGGAAUAAUUAUAUCAAAAGAUGGACAAGUUUUAUCAUCUACAAAAGAUCAUAAACCAACUGUUCAAAAAGAACAAUAA